CCCCUGUAGGACGACAUGCCCGACCUAAACUUAGAUUCGACCCGAUGUGCUAAUUCGCAGCUGAUUGAUCCUGCCUCUGCCCCAAGGACAGACCCGCAGGGUUCUCCCGGCAGCAGUCGACGCAGCAGCCAGGCGAGGUCAGCAUCACUUUCGACACGCUUCGCUUCACCAUCAGACAAAACCAGUCCGGGAACCCCGUGGUGGACGCGAGCUUGUUGACCAACGAGAGCCUUCAGCAGUGGGUCGCAGGUCGUGGGAGGGAAGCACCUCCAGAGCCACAGCCUCGCGGUCUGGACUCCUCGGCCGCGGCCCAGUCGAUAACUACAGGCAUGGCGGCAUUGCGCAGAUCCCCCCCCCACGCGCGGAGCGUAUCCACGAGAUCGGCGCAUCCAUGGGAUCGCGCUUCGGUCCUUACCCAGGGGAACGAAAAAUGGCCUGAGCAUAACAACUCUGAGGUCCGCGCGGAUUUCUCGGAUCGGCGCUGGACCGCCCUGGCGGCGCUUCCGGCGCCGCCCCUGGCGCGCUCCGCGCGCCAGGGAGGGGGGUCCAGCGCGGAUCCAAGAAGUCCGCGCGGACCUCCGAGUUUUUAUGUUUAUGCAAUUGUUCGGCCCCCUAUUACCGCGCCAGGGCAAGGAUGCGGAUAUGUUGCCCGACCAUCCGCUGUUCGAUGUCUGUCGCGCGGGGCCCCAGGCAGCCCGACGCGCGUUCCCUGGGCCCGGUUUUCCGACCCGAGUCGCUUCCCGAGAAUCCCCGGGGCCCAGCGAGGGGACCCCCUUGGGGCCGACAGGACGGGGGAACGGGUGCCCGUCGCAGUUUGGCUCGCGGCGCGAGCACGUCGGGGGGGUGCGCGUGCGCCGCUCGCGAGGCUGGUCGAGCUGCAGGGCCUGGAUGCAGGACUUCGUGAACGCCAUACUGCGGCCCGUGAGCAGCGAGUCGUGGCCCCCGAGCGCUGGGCCCCCCGCCAGCGCCAGCUUCCGGGUGGCCUUCCGGGGCAGCUGCAGGCUGCCCCCCGACAUCCUGACCAGGAGCGGCGUGCCCUGCAGCCCGCCCAGCCUGCCCCUGCAGGGCGGCGGCGACGCGGCCAGCGCGGAGCGGCGCCACUCGCACUCGCCCGACGGCGACGUCGUGAUGACCCCCGCAGGGUCGGGGCCGCCCGUGCGCCUGAAGGUGAGCAGGGUGAGCCUCUCGCGGCGCUGGGAUGACCGCCCGAACCGCCCAACACGGAACCACAGCAGGGAGCGCGUGUCGCCCUCCCCCUCUGCCCGCGGGCACAGCAGCCCGCUCGCCGUCGCGCCGCAGCGCAGCCCGCGGCGCGUCUCGCGGCGUGCCGACCCCGACUGGCCGGGGCCCGCCCCGGCCCCGAUCGGCGCGGCGCAGAGCUGGCGCGAGUGCGCCGAGAGCCGGGGCGAGAGCGGAAGCUUCAAGGACAGCUGCGAGGGAAGCGAACGCAGCGUCCAGAUCUGAGCCCUCCAGUUCCGCCUCUUCCCUCCCUCCCUCCGUUCCCUCCAUCUCCACC